CCGGCUCGCUGGUUGCGGGGGCGGGGCCGGAAGUGCGGGCGCGAAGCGGCCCAGGGCAGGACCCGCGGGUUGCGGGGCUCAGGGUGGCUCUGGGUCACCAUGAAGCGGGACGUCCGCAUCCUGCUGCUGGGCGAGGCCCAGGUGGGGAAGACGUCGCUGAUCCUGUCUCUGGUGGGCGAGGAGUUCCCGGAGCAGGUCCCUCCCCGGGCAGAGGAGAUCACCAUCCCCGCGGACGUCACCCCCGAGAAGGUGCCCACACACAUCGUGGACUCCUCAGAAGCGGAGCAGACAGCAGAAGAGCUGCAGGACGAGAUUCACAAGGCGAAUGUGGUGUGUGUGGUGUACGACGUGUCUGAGGAAGCCACUAUUGAGAAGAUCCGGACGAAAUGGAUCCCACUGGUGAAUGGGGACACUGAGAGGGAGCCCAGGGUCCCCAUUAUCCUUGUGGGCAACAAGUCGGACCUGAGGCCGGGGAGCUCCAUAGAGGCUGUGCUGCCCCUAAUGAGCCAGUUCCCGGAGAUAGAGACCUGCGUGGAGUGCUCAGCUAAGAAUCUUCGGAACAUCUCCGAGCUGUUCUACUACGCACAGAAGGCUGUGUUGCACCCCACGGCCCCACUCUAUGACCCUGAGGCCAAACAGCUCAGGCCCGCCUGCGCCCAAGCCCUCACGCGCAUCUUCAGGCUCUCAGACCAGGACCUGGACCAGGCGCUCAGCGACCAGGAGCUCAACACUUUCCAGAAGUCCUGCUUCGGACAUCCCCUGGCCCCACAGGCACUGGAGGACGUGAAGGCCGUGGUGGGCAAGAACGUGGAGGGAGGCGUGUGUGACGACCAGCUGACCCUGGAGGGCUUCCUCUUCCUCAACAUGCUUUUCAUCCAGCGUGGCCGCCACGAGACCACAUGGACCAUCCUGCGACGCUUUGGCUACGGUGACAGUCUCGAGCUGACAGCUGACUACCUCUACCCAUCCCUCCCUGUGCCCCCCGGCUGCAGCACCGAGCUCAACCACUUCGGCUACCAGUUUGUGCAGAGGCUAUUUGAGAAGCAUGACCAGGACCAGGAUGGCAUCCUCUCACCCAGCGAGCUGCAGGGCCUUUUCAGUGUGUUCCCGGCGCCCCCCUGGAGCCCAGAGCUGCGGCACUCAGUCCCCACUGAGGAGGGUGGGCUGCCCCUGCACGGGUACCUCUGCCAGUGGACCCUGGUGACUUACCUGGAUGUUGGGCGCUGUCUGGAGCAUCUGGCCUAUCUGGGCUACCCCACUCUCUGUGCACAGGACUCCCAGGCCCACGCCAUUACAGUCACCCGGGAGAAGCGGCUAGAUAUGGAGAAAGGGCAGACCCAGCGCAGCGUGCUCCUGUGCAAGGUGCUGGGUGCCCGUGGUGUGGGCAAGUCUGCCUUCCUGCAGGCCUUCCUUGGCCGUGGUCUGGAGGACACAGGGGAGCCUUCCAGCUACACCAUCAACACUGUCCAGGUCAACGGGCAGGAGAAAUACCUGAUACUGUGCGAAGUGGACGCAGCCAGCCUGCUGGACUCAGAGCCCAACAACACCUGUGAUGCUGACUGUGAUGUCGCCUGUUUGCUAUUCGAUGGCAGUGACCCUGCUUCUUUCACACUCUGCGCCAGUGUCUACAAGCGCCAUUACAUGGACGGGCAGACCCCCUGCCUCUUCAUCUCUAGCAAGGCUGACCUGACUGAGGCCGCCUCGCCACCCAGCCUGUCCCCAGCCGAGUUCUGCCGUCGGCAUCGGCUGCCUGCCCCCACCCGCUUCUCCUGUGCCAGCCCAGCCGAAGCCAGGACUGCCAUCUUCACCCGGCUGGCCACCAUGGCCACCUUCCCGUGUGUAUGGGGGUGCUGGCACUUGGCCCCCGGGGAGCUGCACGCCACCUCCUUCUGGCUCCGUGUGACGAUGGGGGCUGUGGGAGCUGCUGUGGCUGCCGUCCUCAGCUUCUCACUCUACAGGGUCCUGGUGAAGAGCCGCUGAGACAGAGCCAGUCCCCUCAGAGUCCCCAGGGGGGUGUCCUGCUGUCUGGCCAGCUGGGUCCCAGGUCCUGGCCUCCCUGUGGGCAUCUUGUACUUGGGGGGCUGGGGCAUGAAUGAGGAGGACAGAGACCCCAGCCCCAAAUUCUCAGGGCUCCACUCUUCUUGAUCCUACGUGGCCUGGGAUAUAAAGGCAUCAGAAAGCAGAGCUUGAGGCUCAGGGCUGGGCUGGGCAGCGCAGGAGUAGUCCGGGUAGAGUAUGCCCCUGCCCUGCUCACCACGCCCCUGGAGUGUGCGCAGGUCUAUACCUUCAGAGACACCUGAGGCCAAGUUUGCUGAUUAAAUCUCACUGGUAUCAUUCCCA